UGCUCUGACCUAGGCGGGAUGGUGGAAGUGUGAUUCUGCUAAGUAUAAGGCCUCCUGUGGUCUCCAAGAAGCCAUGAAUGCCAUUGUGGCUCUCUGCCACUUCUGCGAGCUGCAUGGCCCUCGCACUCUCUUCUGCACAGAGGUGCUGCAUGCCCCACUUCCCCAAGGGGCUGGGAGUGGGGACAGCCCAGGCCAGGGUGAGCAGGCCGAGGAGGAAGAAGGCGGCAUUCAGAUGAGCAGUCGGAUCCGCGCGCACAGUCCUGCUGAAGGGGCCAGUGCAGAGUCCAGCAGCCCUGGGCCUAAAAAGUCGGACAUGUGUGAGGGCUGCCGGUCACUUGCUGCGGGGCAUCCGGGCUAUAUCAGCCAUGAUAAGGAGACCUCGAUUAAAUAUGUCAGUCACCAGCACCCCAACCAUCCCCAGCUCUUCAGCGUUGUCCGCCAGGCUUGUGUCCGGAGCCUGAGUUGUGAGGUCUGCCCUGGACGUGAAGGCCCCAUCUUCUUUGGAGACGAGCAACAUGGCUUUGUGUUCAGCCACACCUUCUUCAUCAAAGACAGCCUGGCCAGGGGCUUCCAGCGCUGGUACAGCAUCAUCACCAUCAUGAUGGACCGGAUCUACCUCAUCAACUCCUGGCCCUUCCUGCUAGGGAAGGUCCGCGGCAUCAUCGAUGAGCUCCAGGGCAAGGCACUCAAGGUGUUUGAGGCAGAGCAGUUUGGAUGCCCACAGCGUGCCCAGAGGAUGAACACGGCCUUUACGCCCUUCCUGCAUCAGAGGAAUGGCAAUGCUGCCCGCUCACUGACCUCGCUGACAAGUGAUGACAACUUGUGGGCGUGCCUGCACACCUCCUUUGCUUGGCUCCUGAAGGCAUGCGGCAGCCGGCUGACAGAGAAGCUUCUGGAGGGCGCACCCACCGAAGACACCUUAGUGCAGAUGGAGAAGCUAGCUGACUUAGAAGAGGAGUCUGAAAGCUGGGACAACUCUGAGGCUGAAGAGGAGGAGAAAGCCCCUGUGCUGCUGGAGGGUGCAGAAGGACAGGAGCUGACCCCGUGCCCAGCGGAUUCCUCCUUACUCUCAGGCUGUGGAAGCUGGCAGCCACGGAAGCUGCCUGUCUUCAAGUCCCUUCGGCACAUGAGGCAGGUCCUAGGUGCCCCAUCUUUUCGUAUGUUGGCCUGGCAUGUUCUCAUGGGAAACCAGGUGAUCUGGAAAAGCAGAGACGUGGACCUUGUCCAGUCUGCUUUUGAAGUUCUUCGGACCAUGCUGCCUGUGGGCUGUGUCCGCAUCAUCCCGUACAGCAGCCAAUAUGAGGAGGCCUAUCGGUGCAACUUCCUGGGGCUCAGUCCGCACGUACAGAUCCCCUCCCACGUGCUGUCCUCAGAAUUUGCUGUCAUCGUGGAGGUCCAUACAGCCACUCGCUCCUCCCUCCACCCAGUUGGGUGCGAGGAUGACCAGUCUCUCAGCAAGUACGAGUUUGUGGUGACCAGUGGGAGCCCCGUAGCUGCAGACCGAGUCGGCCCCACCAUCCUGAACAAGAUCGAAGCAGCUCUGACCAACCAGAAUCUGUCUGUGGAUGUGGUGGACCAGUGCCUUGUCUGCCUCAAGGAAGAGUGGAUGAACAAAGUGAAGGUCCUUUUUAAGUUCACCAAGGUGGACAGUCGACCCAAGGAGGAUACACAGAAGCUGCUGAGCAUCCUAGGCGCAUCUGAGGAGGACAAUGUGAAGCUGCUCAAGUUCUGGAUGACAGGCCUGAGCAAGACUUACAAGUCGCACCUCAUGUCCACGGUGCGCAGCCCGACAGCCUCAGAGUCCCGGAACUGAGCUGCACUGCUCACCCUCUGGCUACUGGUGACAGUGGUCCUCAAGGCCGUCCUCCAGCUGUGUGAGAGGACGGACUGUCCCCUGAAUUUCAGAACUGCUAGAAGGAGCUGUAUCCUGGCAAGGAAUGGCAACUGUUGGGGCUGGGGUCGGCUCUGGGAUUGGGGCCUAUGCAGUUCUCACCCCUGUGAUUAGAGGUUGGAAUGCUGCCAGCCUGAGGAAGGCAGUAGGAGGCUGGGAGCGGGGCUGCUGUGUUUGCAGGCCCUGUGAGAGGACCUGCGAGGAGACCUUGCCCCUCGACCCCCUGCAGGUCUGUCUCAAAACCCAUGGAAGAGACUGGUUGGGCCGGCCAGAGACUGGUGUUGUAGCUGCCAUGACAUAUGCUCUCGCAAAGUUAACAUUGAACCUUUCCAUUUUGAGACAGAGCAAGAGUUUUCUGGGUUUUGUGUGUGAAUGUACAUUUUGCUACAGUUGGGAGUGUUCAGGACAUGCACCAGUCCCUAGCCAUUCCUAGGACUCUGUUUUGAGUUAGUGCUCUGGAAAGGCUUUGAAGGUGAAGUGGCUCUUUCCCUCAUCUUCGGGUCCUCUAAAAUCCACGUUCUGAAAUCAUGGGCCUCGUCUUCUGGCGUGUUACCCCGCAGCUUGUGAAGUUAACCUGAGCUUAACGAUGGAGCCCUGGUCUUUUUGACACAAAGAUGAUACUGUGCUGACGUGUCACAGUGAGCCUUUGGUUGCCCAGCUUGCUGUGGAUGGUGAAGUGCACCAUGGUUCAUUCUCUAGCACUUUCACCUUUAUUGCCAAUGUCAAUACUUACACUUGGCUGUGGUUAACUAUUUUCAGAGGAUGGUGAUUUAAGACAGUUUCAUCAUCCCACUGCAUUUUUUUUAAGGGAUUGAGUCUUG